AUGGAGCAAAAUGGCAAAACAAUCCUUACUCCAGAAACAGUGUCUCAAGCCAUUCAUGAUGAAGUUCGCGAUGUUGAAGUGAUCGAUGUGCACACCCAUUUGCUGCCUCCGACUCACGGGAAUUUGAUGCUUUGGGGCAUUGAUGAAUUGCUCACUUACCAUUAUUUAGUGUCGGAAUAUUUUAUGGUGGCACCUGCAGACCUAACUCACGAGAAGUUCUUUGCCAAGAGCAAGUCGGAACAAGCAGCUUUGGUUUGGAAAGGCCUUUUCGUGGAGCGCUCCCCGAUCUCAGAGGCUUGCCAAGGGGUUGUCACAACCCUGCACAGGCUGGGCUUGGAAAAACUGCUGGCAGAGAGAGACUUAACAGGUAUCCGCGCGUGGUUCCAAAAGCAGCCGCUGGAAGAGCAUGUGGAGAGAAUCUUUCGCCUCGCCAAAGUGCGCUAUGCGGUUAUGACCAACAUUCCAUACGUGGAGGAGGAGGCCAAACAUUGGCAGCCUGAGGCAAAGCCUGUCACAAGCCGAUUGCGUACAGCCUUAAGGAUUGACAACUAUUUGAAGGGUGAUUGGUUCUCUAUUAGCGCAGCACUGAAGAAGGAAGGGCUGGAAGAAAAUCUGGAUGGUGCCAAGGAAUACCUCAGAAGAUGGGCCAAAAUCUACAAACCUGAGUACAUGAUGGCAUCAACACCACAUGACUGGAGAUAUCCAGAUCCAGCGGCAGCUGCCAGCAUGAAGCCCCUGGUGAAGGCCUUUGCCGGCUUUGGAGCCUCGGAGCUUCUGGAGAAAGUGGUCGCGCCCGUUUGCGAGGAGCUUUCCCUACCCAUUGCGCUGAAGUUGGGUGCCUGGCGUGGCAUGUCUCCAGACCUGGACCCAUGUUGUGGUGGCGAUGGUGUUGCCAGCGCAGAUUUGGCCUCCCUUCAGGCAUUAUGCGCCAAGUUUCCAAAGGUGAAAUUCUUGGUCACAGUUCUGAGUCGUGGAAAUCAGCAUGAACUCACGGUGGUGGUUCAGAAAACACGAAAUUUGCACCUCUACGGCUGUUGGUGGUAUUGCAACAAUCCGUCCAUCAUCGAGGAGUUAACAAAGAUGCGCACUGAGAUGUUGGGCACGGCCUACACGGCACAGCACAGCGACUGCCGUGUGCUGGAACAACUGCUCUACAAGUGGGAUCAUUCCCGGCAGAUCAUUGGAGAGGCUUUGGUGCCUUACUAUCUUCGCCUGCUGAGGAGAGGCUGGCGCCUUACACGAGACGAGCUGAAGAGAGAUGUGCAGCUCUUGCUAGGUGGCUCUUAUGAGGCAUUCAUGGCACGUUGA